CUCAGCAGUUGUAGAGGACAUGUGACCAGAAGGGGAGGAGCUCAGUGAAGAGGAGACGUGGUGUGAGGUGAGGUCUCCAGAACUGACCCCAUUAGGACAUCGCUGUCUAUUAUUCAGUGGAGGAGUUGGAGGACACAAGGAUCUGUACCAGGACAUAGUCAUGAUGGAGGAUCACCGGCCCCUCACAUCACAAGAUGGAGUCAUUGAUAGAAAUCCACCCGAGAGGUGUCCCCGCCCUCUGUAUUCCCAGGACUGUCCAGAGGGAAAUGUCCCAGAGAAGCAUCAGGGUGAAGAUCUGAUGGAUAUUAAGGUUGAGGUUAAAACUGAACCAGAAGAGAAGGAUUUCGGGGCCGAUCAGCAGUAUGGAGUCAUUGAUAGAAAUCCACUCGAGAGGUGUCCCCGCCCUCUGUAUUCCCAGGACUGUCCAGAGGGAAAUGUUCCAGAGAACCAUCAGGCUGAAAAUCUGAUGGAUAUUAAGGUUAAGGUUAAAGAUGAACCAGAAGAGGAGACGGAUUUUUGGGCCGAUCACCCGUGUAUGAGGGAAGUGAAGGAGGAAAUUCCAGGAGGUGCUACCCCAGAAAAUCCCAGUGAUAAUUCUGAGGAAAACUUCUUAUUCCUGAAUGACAAAGGAGAAUAUGAAGAUAUGAUGGCGCGCUCCUCGGGCGUAGACCUCUUUACCCCUAAUGACCAACCAUACAUUGUUACAUCAAGGACGGACCAGAGAGUGAAGAAAAGGAUUCAAUGUGAUGAAUGUGGAAAACAAUUUAAAAGAACCAGAGAACUUGUUAGACACGGAAAAAGUCAUACAAAAAGUAUAGAAAAGAAGCAGUAUAUGUGUUCAGAAUGUGGGCAAUCAUGUAAAUGUCAAUCAGCUCUUAGUAUACAUGAGAGAAUCCAUACAGGAGAGAAGCCAUUUUCAUGUUCAGAAUGUGGAAAAUGUUUUAAAAGUAAGCCAGAGCUUGUUAAACAUGAGAGAAUACACACAGGAGCGAAGCCAUUUUCAUGUUCAGAAUGUGGGGAAUUCUGUAAAUGUCAAUCAGCUCAGGAACAUGGGAAAAGUUUAAAGUGUGAGGAAUGUGGAAGAGAAUUUACAAGAAGAUCAGAUCUUGUUAGACACAGAAAAAGUCAUAAAGAAAAGAAGCUGUAUGUGUGUUCAGAAUGUGGGCAAUCAUGUAAAUGUCGAUCAGCUCUUAUUAUACAUGAGAGAAUCCAUACAGGAGAGAAGCCAUUUUCAUGUUCAGAAUGUAGAAAAUGUUUUAAAAGUAAGCCAGAGCUUGUUAAACAUAAGAGAAUGCACACAGGAGAAAUGCCAUAUUCAUGUUCAGAAUGUGGAAAUUGUUUUAAAAGUAAAUCGGAGCUUGUUAAACAUGAGAGAAUACACACGGGAGAGAAGCCAUAUUCAUGUUCAGAAUGUGGGAAAAGUUUUGAAAGAAAAUCAGAGCUUGUUAAACAUGAGAGAAUACACACAGGAGAGAAGCCAUAUUCAUGUUCAGAAUGUGGAAAAUGUUUUAGAAGUAUAACAUAUCUUCGUUUACAUAAGAGAAAUCACAUGGGAGAAAAGCCAUAUUCAUGUUCAGAAUGUGGGAGAUGUUUUACACAAAAAUCAGUUUUAGUGUUGCAUGAGAGAAGGCACACAGGAAAGAAGCCUUAUUCAUGUUCAAAGUGUAGGAAAUGUUUUAUAAGUAAAUCAGAUCUUAGGAGACAUGAAAGAAUUCAUGCAGGAGAGAAGCCAUAUUCAUGUACAGAAUGUGGAAAAUGUUUUACACAAAAAUCAGUUCUAGUAUUGCAUGAGAGAAGGCACACAGGAAAAAAGCCUUAUUCAUGUACAGAAUGUGGGAAAUGUUUUAAAAGUAAAUCAGAGCUUGUUAUACAUAAGAGAAUUCACACAGGAGAGAAGCCGUACUCCUGUACAGAAUGUGGAAAAUGUUUUAAACAAAAAUCAGUUCUAGUAUUGCAUGAGAGAAUUCACACAGGCGAGAAGCCAUAUUCUUGUUCUGAAUGUGGGAAAUGUUUUACAUGUAAAUCAAAUCUUGUUAAGCAUGAGAGAAGUCACACAGGAGAGAAGCUGUAUUCAUGUUCAGAAUGUGGUAAAUGUUUUAGAAGUAAACCAAGUCUUGUUAAGCAUGAGAGAAGUCACACAGGCGAAUAGCUGUGUUCAUGUUCAGAAUGUGGGAAAUGUUUAAUAAGGAAAUCAGAUCUUGUUAUACAUGAGAGAAUUCACACAGGAGAUAAGCCAUAUUUGUGUUCAGGAAAUGUUUUACAUGAAGAAGAAAUCUUAUUACACAUGAGAGAAUUCACACAAGGGAGAAGCUCUAUCAAUAUUGAGAAUGUGGUAAAUGUUGUUUCAUAUAUAUAUAUAUAUAUAUAUAUAUAUAUAUAUAUAUAUAAAUCACAGACAUGAGAGAAGUCACACUGGAGACUGAUAGAUGAAAUAAUAAAUGAUAAAAAUCUAAUAAUAUGGGGAAUGGAAAUAUGAGAUCUCAGGUAACAGUAAAAUGUGAUGUUUCUAAGUUCUGUUGUGAGAAUUAACCCUCGAAUAAACUUCAUAAUGAAACCUAAGCAGAAGCUAAAGCCAACAUCAUCUCUUGGUCAUCAGCACCUGGGGUCAUGUGACCUUUGUAGGUAAAUAACGGUAAUGAGAAGUAAUAUGUAAUGCUAUUGUGUAUCAUUUAGUAGUGACUUGUAGCUCUACACUACAGUAUGAUUGGAUGAUUUCUAUGGAUGAUAAUGAUUGGUGAUUACUAUGUAUUACCUCGGCCUCAUUUCCAUUAGAAAUAUUACUGAUUGUAUCUCAUGUGUCACUUCUGUCCUAUCAGGAUCAGGACACUUCUGUGUUGUCACCAAUAAGUAAAAUCCUGUGUGUGAACCGGUCCCUAUAACAAGAGGUUGUC